CGCGUCAGAAUACGGUCACGUGGAUAUCGCUUAUUCGCAACAUAACGUACGCGUAACGGCGGCGCGUCACAUAUAUAAAGGCGUUGGAGUCUUACUAGCGCUAGGAUUCCGCUCUCUUCUCAUCCUUCGACCACGACAGUCCACGUAGCUCAGGUAUCGCACUCACCCAACUUACAAAAAUGUCCACGGCCAACGAGACGUCCGCUCUCCCGGCAGGCUACACGCUCCUGAACAAGAAAACCAUGAUCUCAGAGCAGGGCAAAGAGCUCGCGAUGUCUGCAUUCAGGCAAGCUGACAGCCGCAACCCUGAUGCACACGACAUGUACAUAUACAACGACUACUACGCCUACGGCGUGAUAGACAUCAUCGAUAAAUCUCUUAGCGCGCUCCAUAGCCGAAUGACGAAGAAAGACUGGCCUGCCGUGAUGGCGCAGCUCGAAGCGCUCACACACUUCAUGGAAAUGGAAAGCGUAUGGGGCAUGGCCGAUGACGGAGAACGCGUAAUUGCGAUGGUCCGGGCAUACGGGGCGUGCCUCGUCGCCACCCUUCGCGCGCUCAAGAAGAACGGCGACCUCACGCCCGAGAAGUAUCCCUCGCUUGAGUAUAUGCUCAAGGCUGCGACGAGCCUUGGUCAAGCUACGCGGGGACUAGGCGUAGACUCUGAAUACGACCGUGUCUGCCAAGGGAUCGGCAAACGCCUCUUCAGUGGUCACCCUCGCGAGGAGGCGCGCGCACUGCAUGAGGCCCGCCACAAGGCGUGGCUUCAGACACUCCCCGCGGACGUCCAGAAGGAAUUUGAAGAGGAAGCGGAUGAUGACGACGACGAAGAGGAGGAUGAAGACGACAAACCCUGGUGGCAUGGUGGAGUGGCGGGGAUAGAGGACGUGAAGGACGAAGACUUCGUCCUGUCGCGCGUCUGGAAGGAGUACAAGGACUACCUCUCCGAGUGCCCAACCAAGCCGCUCCGCGGGCCGCCAAUCUGGGACCUCGACAAGUGGAGCCAGGCUGACAAGGCUGCUUUCAGCUUCGACGCUAUGUCUGACGACUGAGUGUUCACGGAUUUGUGAUGCGGGGAACGUUUGCGGAGCGCUCAAUGUGUAUGAUAACAAUGUCGCCGUUGAUAAUACCUACAAAGCGAACAAUCCACGUA